CAUUUGAACUUCAAGCGCGCGAAGAGCAGCACACAGCAUAGAACCUACAUAGAUACUAGAGACACCCGCGGAUUGAGUGCCGAUUAAACACCGGAACGCUAUGCCUGCGGAGCGAAAUUAAAACAAUACUUAAUGAUGUACUUUAAAUUUCCCCAAAAUUUCGCCUAUCAACGAUUGUGACAAUGGAAUAUUCCGAGUGAAAAUAUCUGAAUUUGCAUAAACAAUCUUAAAAUAGAGUUCCUGUGUUGAAAAGAGAUCAUGGCACGACGAACUAUCCGUGGGUGUAUGAACGAAAAGUGGGAUGUGAGCACCCUUUCGCUGCUCUUGAUGGUCUCGAUGAGGUAAAGCAUGCGUUAUACCCGGCGUAUGCGCAAUUUAGUGUCAUACUCGUCCACGUCACCGCUGCUGACAGCAAUGAGACGGCAUCCACGACAGCGAUUGAGGCCACACCGAGCACGACCAUGCGGAUGCCCACCGGCUACAGUCAGAGCUGCUUCAACUGGACCUCAGUGCCAGAGGCAGCGGGGGGCAACUGUUCCAGACUGACCCGGAGCGGACUCCUCAAAUGCUAUGGCGGCAUGAACAACCUGGGGGCAUUAGCGAAGCUGGGAAAGUCACUGCCGGCCCAGCAAAUGCUGCUGUGCGGCUGGCCCCAGGACACCUCCAGGUUCCUGGGCGAGUUGCAAAAGCUGCCCAGGCUGCGAUUUCUGACCAUCGAGUACAGUGGGUUCACGGAGUUCGCCUUCGAAUUUCCCGAAAUGUCCUAUCUGCAGAGCAUCAACAUCUCGUGGACGAAUCUCUCCUACAUUUCGACACGCACCUUCAAGCGAGUGCACACGCUGAAGGUCCUGGAUUUGCGUUGGAACCAGCUUAUCCAGCUGGACGGCCCUCUGCUACUCCCCCGCUCUUUUGAGCAGCUCUACCUGGCCGGGAAUCCCUGGAACUGCACGCGAAAUUUCAAGUGGAUGCUACUGCAGCCGGAGAAGGGGCGUCUCGUGGUGGACCGAGAUGAGCUCCUCUGCACCGAUCGCAAGUACAAGGAGCGCCAGAUGCUGCUGGUGAUGCACUACAAAUUGGAGCUGAAGAAGGAGUGCCAAUCGCAUCCGGACCUGAGGAACUGCACCUGCCUGAUGCACCACAUCCUGCCCAGGACCCAUAUUCCGCUCUACACGGUCAAUUGCUCCCACAUGCAAUUCCACAGCCUGCCCGCCUAUCUGCCGGAGAACACAACCACGCUGACCAUCAACGAUAAUCUGAUCAGCGACAUAAAACCGCUACGGGAUAAUCCCCAUUACCGCCAUGUGGUGGAUGUGCAUCUGGAGAACAACCGCAUCUCCAAUGUGGACGACCUGGAGAACACGUUUUGGCUGCAGAACUUCCGCCUCUUCAACCUGCGUGGCAACAACCUGAGGAAGCUGCAUGUCUACGCACUGGACAAUGCGCUGAACGACAAUGAGAACGCCAAUCUGCUGUUGCUCAGCAAGAAUCCGUGGCACUGCACCUGCAAGUUUGGGAUGCGGCUGCGCGAGCUACUGAACCAGUACCGGGACAUUGUGAGGGAUGCCUGGAAUGUGACGUGCACCUACAUGCAGGACGACGAGCUGCGGCUGGCCAAGGUGCUGACCCUCACCCGCCAGGACAUGUGCAACGUGAGUGCGGAGAGUGGUACGCAGAUCCAUCCCAUCGACUGGCUGAACGGCGUGCUGGCCAGCCUCAUCAUCCUCAUUCUGGGAAAGCUUGCCUACGACUAUUAUCACUACAAGUAUUAUAACCGUGUUCCUUGGAUAGUCAUGAAGAUGCCGUGAUAGCCUUAACUAGACAUAGACAUGUCUAGAGAUAGAAGUAGGUGCUUGAGUCAUAGUUAUAGUUACAGAUACUUAGAAAAAGGCAUCUCAAAGACCUCAAAGUAUUUUCUCAAACAACGGUUUGAGCGGGUUUAUUUUGAAAAUCUACAAGUAGAUUCGGAUAUCAAUAUGGGAGUAUAUAGUAUAUGUAUUGUAUAUUGUGUAUACAUAUAUAAAUAAUCUUCUUUUUGGUAUAUAUUUUAUGUAUGUAUAUUUAAGCUAAAAUCAACGCAAAACUCACAAAAUAGUUGUCCUGCUUCUAUAGUAUUGCACAUUUCUUAGCAAUCCUUAAGAUGUACAUUCCCUGGUUUUACAUUCACUUUUAACAUUCACAUUCAUAUUCACAUUCACAUUCGAUCUGCAUUUUAAUUGGCACAAAGCGCUUAAACUUCUGUUGGAUAAUAAUACACGUAAGAGAAACGGCUAAGAUUAGUUAUAAGAACACUACUAAUUGGACAGAACCGAAUCUGGUUAGGGUUUAAGCUACAAAUAAUUGAAUCUAAAUGAAUCUAUACCCCCCUUUAUAUUUACAUUCGAAAUACAAUCUACAUUCUACAUUCUUUGGCCUCAGAACCAGUGCAAUCGACACACAAUCGACGACAAUCAUAUCGUUUGCGAGGCGCUUAUAAAUUAAACAACAGUGCUGGACAUUGUAAACAAAGCUUAAAAUAUUUCUUGUACUUUACAUCUCAAUAAAGUCAAAAGAUGAAACAAA